AAUGUCCCGCUGCUGCUGCUACUGACAGUGUGUGCGAGUGAACUCACUUCUCUUCAAGAUGGAGAAACGAUGGUGGCAUUUCCAAAGGAAUUUCGGUGGUGACGGAACGGUUGCAGCUAUUUGCGAAGGAAUUGUGUACGGGAGUGAAGUGUUGGGAUCAGUUGAGUUGUUUUGUUUCGCGAAUUCCUUCUCCACUGCCGCCGGUGAAAGCAACGACGCGACGACGACGGCGACGGCGAGAGGACGCGGCAGCUGAAGAGAAACAACGAAUAAAACCAACCAACAAGAACCACAACAGUGGUGGUGGACGGAAGUUGGCAGUGGCCCGGGAGGAGGAAGAGGCGGUAGCAGGUCUCGGUUGGAACUGGUACGACGUCGUGCAGCAACAGCGGCAAGAAGUCAACCUUGAAAGAAGAAACGCUCAACAGCAGCAACAACCGACGACGUCAACCGGGCGGCAGCGACGACUGUUGGCGCGGCGGGGACGACGGCGCAGAGAGCGGAAGGAAGCUGGGCAUAACGAACUGCAUCAGCGAAGCCGUCGUUUACAGCGAGGGUGUAUCGACGGUGACCGGUGGUGGUGCUGCUGCUGCUGCGGUGAGGGGCGAAGAAGAUGUUUGCGGAGAAACUGCUCGCCAACGUCGUCAAGGCGGAAAUGCUAGCGAAUAGCAGCGAUACGGAGGAACUGCUGGAGAAGUUCGUUCCGGUUGGGAUGAUGAACGGCAUCAUGGGCCUGCAAAAACCCCAGACUGUCAUAACGGACCUUGGGAAGGCACUUCUCCAGGCCGCCAAAACCGGCAACACAGAAAAGGUUCAUGAGUUGAUGAGCCGCGGUGCUCCAUUUACGGCAGAUUGGCUGGGUACUUCCCCAUUGCAUUUAGCAUCCCGGUACAAUCAUGUGGACACGUGCAAAGUGCUGCUGCGUGCUGGUAUCAGUAAGGACAGUAAAACUAAAGUGGACCGGACUCCGCUCCAUUUUGCCGUCUACCAAGGAAAUGUGGAGAUCGUUGAGUUGUUGCUGAGUAGUAAAUGCGAGGUCGAUGCAAGGGAUAUGCUUAAAAUGACUGCACUCCAUUGGGCGGUAGAAAAGCGCCAUGACAAGAUCGUCGAGAUGUUGCUACAGCACGGAGCUGACCCAAAUGCUGAAUCCAAGUUUGGAAAAAGUCCCAUCACUAUUGCGUCUGAAGCGGGACAAGUGGAUUUGGUACGGAUAUUGAUGCUGGCUAAUCAGAUGCGGGCUGCCAGUAGAGAACAGGUACAAGAAGCAACUGAUAAUCUAAUGUUCGAGCUUCAGCAGCACAAGGAAAGAAAUAGUGCUGUCGCCGUAGAAGAGGGAGAAGACAACAUCACGAUGGACCUUAGCAACGACGGCAGUAUUUCAAACAUGUCUUCCACUCCUCGAGGAGGUUUGGACCAUUUAGAUUCCAACACUAAUGAUACCGACAAAUUCAUCGAGAAAGAAGAUAGUCUCAGUGAUGCCAUCAUCAACCUGGAGCAGAACACCGAACAGGAUAUUAAGAAAUUAGACACCAACACAUUGCAGAUGUUGAAGGAGCAUGGAAUAGCUAUGAUUCCAUCCGAUGACUCCGGAAGUAGUCUAAUUACGUCGGCCAUCCAGAGUGGGCGAAAGAUCGUGCUUUCCGAGGCGGGCAAGUUUGCCCUUAACGAAACCAGGGUGCAAUCUAAUAACAUGGGCGGUGCAGUGUCUCAGUCAGGGAUUACGCCAGGAAUGCCCACGACGACGAAGAAAACAAUCAAAAUCAUCAAAAAGACUUCACCGUACAUGGUUUCUCAACAGCAACAGCACCAUGCUCAGCAAAGGCAAAGUUUAGGGCACAGCCAUGCAGGUGGUGGGGGAACGAUAAAGACUAAUAAAGUUAUCAAAAUACUAUCGGCGGAGGAGUUUAAACAAAUUUGUGGAGGAGAGGUUAGUGGGAUCAAGAAAAUACCGUCACAGGAAUAUCGGAAAGCAGUGCAUCCUUCCGGAACGAUGAGAACGCCUCAUAUGCUCCACCGGCCGCCCGGGACGUUUGCCUCAUCCGGUUCGAAACAAAUCAAGAAGAUCGUAAUGACGAAAAACAGAUUACCGGGAAGUGUUCCCGGUUCCGGGGAGAAUGUUAUCUCAAAGUAUAGUUCUGUGAAUAGCUUCGGCAGUAAUAGCAGCAGCAUCAUCAAUAGCAAUCAAAACAGGCACAUCAUCACCUCGGCGGACGGUGUGAAGCGGCUGCGGACGGCAACCGGAAUGGAAAUAAUCUCGAAACUGCCCAACAAGAUACCGCAGGACACGGUGGUAUCGGUGGAGGGCAACGGUGGUGUGAUCGGUUCCCGGCAGAGCACCGGCAUAGUUCCUAUCUCGUCGGUGAAUCAACAGCAGCGGGUGGUAAGUAGCAAUUCAAACUUCUCUUCCAACAAUGCCGCUUUAAGUGGCGCCAGUGGUAGCAGUGGCAGCAACAGCAGUAACAAUGUCGGAACGUCGAUGAACCUCGGUGAGCUGGAACGACAUUUCCUCGAGCUGAAAAAGCAGUCCGACGAUCUGCGGAAACAGUUUGAACUGUCGCAGAAACAGAACGAGGAGUAUCGAGCUCGGGUGGAUAAGCUCGAGAAAGAGGUGCAAACGUUGAAGCAGAGCAGCAGUAGUAAUAAUUCUAGCAAUUUCAUAGAGAUACUUUAAGAGAACUAAAGUGAGGUGGCUUUAGAGAUUAUUUAUUGUUUAGUGCGCUCUGCUAGUUUAUACUGAAAAGUUUAUAAAAUAUUGGUUAUACAUGUAUUUUUAUAUUAAAAAAACAAAAUCGAUUGAGAUUUCGCGAUUUCAAUACCUGAA